AUGAGUGAUCAUUCGAAGAGAAUUGCCUCUCAUAUGAACAAGGACCAUCAAUUGGCCUUGGUUGAUUACGUUGUGGUGUAUGGUAAGAUCCCAGCUCAUCAACUCGAGCCCGCCAGUGUUCAUAUUACUGCCGUUGAUGAAAAGUCUCUUACUCUUUCCUACAAGAGGAACGAUAAAGUUGAAGAAAUUGUUCUCGUGUGGAAUGAGCUCCCUGAGGAGGACAAGGUGGACGUGAAUGGGUUUAUGGACAUCAAGGCCAAGUUGAUAUCAAUGGCCAAGUAUGCUGCCGCUGUUCAAGGAUAUUCACACAAGCAGUUGAAGAAGGUAGUCUUACCCAAUAAGCCUCAGCAGUUGUUAAUGUAUCCUGUUGCUGCUGUUCUUGCAAUUGGAUCGUUCGAUAAGUUUUUUAUCAGGGACGUUAUUGCUAGGGACAAUUUCUUGUCCCAAUUGGCCUCAUAUGCUCCAUCCUUUUUGAAAACUGGUGGUGCUUUUUUGGAGGACCAUGUAAAGACCAUUGCUAUUGCAAUGUAUGCUAUUCAUUUGGUGGAAAUCGCUGUCGUAUCUUGGCCUAAGUUGAAGCAAUAUAGAGCCUCCGGUAAGAGAAAGUUGGCAUGGGCUGUCAUGCACUUCUUCGAAGGCUUUCUUAUUUUUAAAAGACUCAACAAAGCUUUGGAAGAUGCCCAUUAA